GUCAACGUGUUGUUUGGCGUUUUCUUCGAUGAAAAGUUUUAACUUCAAGGAACCCGGAAGUAAUAUCCGGAAGUGACAGACGACUUGGGUGAGGGAUUACUCAUUUAUUAAUGCGGGGGGUACUUUCAUUGAAACUGCAUUUUAUAGGCUAUCGUGUCAAGUUUUGUGUAUUAGUGUAUCUAUCUGCAAUAUAUUGCGUAUAUUCUUUUUCACUAACCGCGUUUAAUACCACACUGGUCGUCCCCUUUUACCCAUGAGCCAAUGCGACGAAAAGAUGGCGGCGACCACAAGGAUGAUCACGAAACGGAUUCUGCAACUAAGGUUGAGUAGUAACCCGUUUCUGAGACAUGAUCAUCGAUGUUUGCAAACCAGUGCAUCAUGUUAUAAAGCUGGGCGGGUGAAAGUCAGCAAAGGAGACAAACCAAUUACAUAUGAACAAGCUAACCCACCUCAUUUAGCUGGAGUGACAAAAUCAUGGAAAUCUUGGAAUACAGCAAACUUAGAAGACGAAGAAGGUGCUCCGGAACGAGCAGUGGAAGACAUGUUUAUCAGGAAAUUUAUUGUUGGAACAUUUCACAACUGCCUAGCUGCAGAUACUAUAAUUAAAAGACGUGCAAAUCAAAUUAAUAUAUGUUUACUUUUAAACCGAAAUGUUCGUCCAAAUCAAUAUUAUUUUCUUGUUGGUUAUGCAGAGUCAUUAUUAUCACACUGGUACAAGUGCAUUGUUAAAAUUGAAGUCCAGGCUGUGGACGAUGUUGUUAUAUAUAAAUGGUUAUAAUUUGA